UGGCAUACAUAAAAUGGUCUUGUUUACCGAACAUGCGCAGUCCGUUCGUUCCAGUACAAGAUGGCGACCAGUAACGGAGGGGGAAUGGAGGUGGACGGAGAAUCAGCCAGCCCCGGGGUGAUGGCCUCGGGGGUGACGGGGAGUGUGUCGGUGGCCCUUCAUCCACUUGUGAUCCUCAACAUCUCUGACCACUGGAUCCGAAUCCGUUCUCAGGAGGGCCGGCCGAUGCAGGUGAUUGGUGCCCUCAUUGGAAAGCAGGAGGGCAGGAACAUUGAGGUCAUGAACUCUUUUGAGCUCCUUUCCCACACAAUGGAUGACAGAACACACAUCGACAAGGAAUACUACUACACCAAAGAGGAGCAGUUUAAGCAGGUCUUUAAGGACCUGGAGUUCCUGGGUUGGUACACGACUGGCGGCCCUCCUGACCAAUCAGAUAUCCACGUUCACAAGCAGGUGUGUGAAAUCAUUGAGAGCCCUUUGUUUCUCAAGCUGAAUCCCAUGACAAAGCAUACAGAUCUACCAGUCAGCGUGUAUGAGUCUGUGAUCGACAUUAUCAAUGGAGAGGCGACUAUGCUGUUCGCCGAACUGACCUACACACUGGCUACAGAGGAAGCAGAGCGUAUUGGGGUUGACCAUGUGGCACGAAUGACCUCCACUGGCACUGGAGAGAAUUCCACUGUGGCGGAGCACCUCAUAGCACAGCACAGCGCCAUCAAAAUGCUGCACAGCCGAGUGAAGGUCAUCCUGGAAUAUGUCAAGGCUGUGGAGGCAGGAGAGGUUCCCUUCAACCACGAGAUCCUGAGAGAGGCCAAUGCGCUAUGCCACCGGCUACCUGUCCUGAGCACCCUCAAGUUCAAGACAGAUUUCUAUGAUCAAUGUAAUGAUGUUGGUCUCAUGGCAUACCUGGGCACCAUCACCAAGACCUGCAACAGCAUGAACCAGUUCAUCAACAAGUUCAAUGUGCUGUAUGACCGACAGGGCAUCGGACGUAGGAUGAGGGGACUGUUCUUCUGAGGAGGCACUGGGCAUGUUGCUGAUACUGCUGUUAUUUAUUUUUGUGCGUCUGAGUGAAGCACUGGGCUGCACUCAUACCCACAGAGGGUCUUUAUACCCAGUUUUGUACCCAGUCAUUCACUGAUUGCCAGUCUUUUGCUUCAGAGUUUGCUGCCUGCCUUGGAAGACCCUGCAUAAUUUGGAUUUUUAUUGGACAUCUUAGCAAUUGCGUUUUCUUUAGUUUGCAUAAACAAUAAUUUUGCAAUAGAGGUAUGUGUAAAUUUUUACACGUUAAAACAAGUUGCAAAUUUUGAAGAGAUGUCUGUUAAGAAGCUGUUUUUUUUUUUUUACUCCAAAAGCCAAUUUUAUGUCCCCUGUACUCAUUUAUGUUAUGUUAUUAAAAGUUUGCUCUCCAGUUUUUGUA